GUCCCUGCUCUACCAAGUACCUAGUCCUUUGGCCGUCUUUCUCUCUUUAUUUUUAUUUUUGGGUAUUUUUCUCCUCGAUAUUCUCUCUCUACAUCCUCGAUUUUUUCUCUCUCUACAUCGAAACGGAAUCUCGAGUUUCUCUCUUAAUUUAACGGAUCCGGAGAUAUAAUUGGAUCGAUUAAUAGAAGAAAUAGCUGUUAUUUUCGAUCGUGGAAAAUAAUUAGGGUUUCGAUUGGCAAAUGGUGAAUCGAAGAAGCUAGGGUUUAGCUUAUCGGAUCUAUACAGAAUCGGAUGAUUGGGUGAAGAAAAAAGUCUGAGUUUUGGGGUGUUCUUGAAAGGAGAGUGGUGGAUUGAUGGUACUCGAAGGGGAAAAUGCAAGGCUAUGCUGCAUGGAAGGGAAGGUGAGGAGAGGAAAAGGGAUCAUCGGCACAUGUGGACAGGUCCCUCGCGUGGUAAUUCGGUUGUAGCUGGUGACGAUGUUGUUUCUGAUUCUUUUUUCAAGGAUGGACGCAAGAUCAGUGUUGGAGACUGUGCUUUGUUCAAACCACCCCAGGACUCUCCACCGUUCAUUGGAAUAAUUCGUUGGCUGACUACCAGUAAAGAGAACAAGUUAAAGUUAGGUGUGAAUUGGCUCUAUCGACGUUCUGAAGUAAAACUUGGCAAAGCCAUCCUAUUGGAAGCUGCGCCAAACGAAAUAUUCUAUUCCUUUCAUAAGGAUGAAAUUCCUGCUGCAUCACUACUCCAUCCGUGUAAAGUUGCCUUCCUUCCCAAAGGUGUUGAACUUCCAUCAGGAAUUUGCUCAUUUGUGUGCCGGCGAGUUUAUGACAUUACAAACAAGUGUUUAUGGUGGCUAACUGAUCAGGAUUAUAUUAAUGAACGUCAAGAAGAAGUAGAUCACCUAUUGAAUAAAACACGUUUAGAAAUGCAUGCAACAGUGCAGCCUGGUGGACGCUCUCCAAAGCCAGUGAAUGGCCCAACAUCGACAUCCCAGUUAAAACCUGGUUCAGAUAGUGUGCAGAAUAGUGUUUCAUCCUUUCCUUCUCAAGGUAAAGGAAAGAAAAGAGAGAGAAUAGAUCAGGGCUCCGAGCCUGUGAAACGAGAGCGUUUUACAAAAAUGGAUGAUGGUGAUUCUGGUCACAGUAGACCAGAAAGCAUGUGGAAAUCUGAGAUUUCUAAAUUUACAGACAGAGGGGGACUAGUGGAUUCUGAAGGUGUUGAGAAAUUGGUGCAUCUAAUGAUGCCAGAGAGAAAUGAUAAAAAAAUAGACUUGGUUGGCCGGUCAAUUCUUGCUGGUGUGGUAGCAGCCACAGAUAAGUUUGAUUGUCUAAACCGGUUUGUGCAGCUUAGGGGCUUGCCCGUGUUUGAUGAAUGGCUGCAGGAGGUCCAUAAAGGGAAGAAUGGUGAUGGCAGUAGCCCCAGGGAUGGCGAUAAAUCUGCUGAGGAAUUUCUGUUAGUUUUGCUUCGGGCACUUGAUAAGCUCCCAGUAAAUCUCCAUGCUCUGCAAAUGUGUAAUAUUGGCAAAUCUGUGAAUAAUCUGCGCACACAUAAGAACUUGGAAAUACAGAAGAAAGCAAGGAGCUUGGUUGACACAUGGAAGAAACGUGUUGAGGCUGAAAUGGAUGCUAACGCAAAGUCUGGCUCUAACCAAGGUGUCUCCUGGACUGCCAGAUCACGUCUUCCUGAAAUUUCACAUGGUGGGAACAGGCAAUUUGGUGUAUCCUCUGAGGUUGCAAUGAAGAGCACAGUUGUGCAACUCUCUGCUUCGAAAACUGUUUCAGUCAAGGUUGUACAGGGGGAAACUGUUGCCAGGUCUGCAUCAACAUCCCCAGGACCUAUAAGAUCAACAGCAUCACCUGGAUCAGCAGGUAAUAAUUCAAAAGAAGCACAUCCCCGAAACACUGGUGCCAGUGGUGCCUCCGAUCCAUCUGUAGUGGUAGCAAGGGAUGAGAAAAGCAGCAGUUCUAGCCAGUCCCACAACAAUAGUCAAUCCUGUUCUAGUGACCAUGCCAAAAACGGGGGGGUUUCUGGAAAGGAGGAUGCAAGGAGCUCAACUGCAGGUUCAAUGAUGGUGAAUAAGAUGGUUGGUGGUUCUCUGCGGCAUCGUAAAUCAGGCAAUGGCUUUCCAGGACCAGCUAUGUCUGGUGUCCAAAAAGAAACUGGGUCAAGCAGGAAUUCUUCUUUGCACAAAAACUUAGGUUCAGAAAAAUUGUCACAGUCCAGUUUGACAUGUGAGAAGGCACUGGAUGUUCCCGUUGCUGAGGGGAAUGGUCAUAAAUUUAUUGUUAAGAUCCCCAACAGAGGUCGCAGUCCUGCACAGAGUGCCAGUGGAGGGUCACUGGAAGACCCUUCUGUCAUGAAUAGCAGAGCUUCUUCUCCCGUGCUUUCAGAGAAGCAUGACCAUUUUGAUCCUAACCUGAAGGAGAAGAAUGAUGCUUAUCGAGCUAAUAUUACUUCUGAUGUUAAUACUGAAUCGUGGCAAAGCAAUGAUUUCAAAGAGGUGUUGACUGGUUCUGAUGAGGGAGAUGGGUCCCCUACUACUGUUCCUGAUGAAGAGCACUGUCGGACUGGUGAUGAUUCUAGAAAAUUAGCUGAAGCCUCAAAAGCUACUUCCUCAUCAUCUGCAAAUGAAGAAAAAAUGGUGAAAUUGCAUGAUGCAUCUUUCAGCUCCAUGAAUGCUUUGAUUGAAAGCUGUGCAAAAUACUCUGAAGCUAAUGCAUCGAUGUCUGUUGGGGAUGAUAUUGGCAUGAACCUGCUUGCUAGUGUAGCUGCUGGGGAGAUGUCCAAGUCUGAUACGGUUUCGCCAACUGAUUCUCCACGGAGAAAUACCCCUGCUGUUGAGAGCUCUUGUGCUGGCAGUGAUGCGAGACCAAAGUCGUCACCAGGUGAGGACCCUGCUCAAGACAGAGGGCAGUUUGUUGAUGUUGUUAAUGAUGAACAUGAGAAGCGGGCAAUUGUUCUUGGUACUUCACUAGCUGCUAAGAACUUCGAUGGUAAAACCAUUUUGAUUUCACAAGAAAAACUCAAAGGGCAGCUCAAUGGACACUUCAAUUCUUCUAAUAUGGAUGUGCAGCAAACUUCUGAAUGUCCAGAAAGCAAUUUGAAAUCAGAGGAAGUGUUAGUCUCCGUUUCAGUGGCUGUGCCCUCUCCAAGCACUGUAGAGAAAGCAUCAUUUGAUGGAGGGAAAGAACCACAGGAGGAUAAGGGGAUUGGCAGAUCGAAUGCAGAUGGUGUAUCUGCAGCUAAAGAAAAGUUGCACAGCUCUAUCACAACAGAAGAUAAGGUCAAUAUUUCCAGAAUGGAAGUUGGGACUGAAGUUAAUAACAGAUCUUCAUCAUACCCGUCCAUCAAGCUUAAUGGUGAGAACAAUAAAAAUAUGAAUGAAAAUGAUGAGGAGAAACCACCUACCAAAAUGCAUCCUGAGUUGACAAAAGGAUCUGAUGGGGAAGUGCUCCAGCCUUAUGGAUCCAGCAAGGAUAUGGUCUCUGAAAACAUGGAUGAGGUUAAGGCUGAAAGAGCUGGUGAAGCUACUGAAAAAAGAAAUAGUGAACAUGAAUGUAAAGGCUCAGAUGCUACCAAUAACAAAGGUGAGUGCGUGGAUGACAGGCAAGAAGAUAAGCAGGUUAAUGAGAAACAUGGUGAUGGUUCAGCGCUUCACGAGUCCUCACCCACAAUCAGUCAAAAACCAGAACAAGAAGUGAGAUCAAGGGGAUCCAAGUUGACUGGCACUGAAGGUGAUGAAACAGAGGAAUGUACAUCUGCUGAUGCUUCUUCUUUAUCUGCUACUGGGGGGUUGGAUCAGGAAACAAAAGUUGUAUUUGAUCUGAAUGAAGGCUUCAAUGCUGAUGAUGGGAAAUAUGAGGAGCUGAAUAACUUGAGAGCACCUGGAUGCUCUGCUCCUGUUCAACCAAUUAACCCCUUGCCUUUGGCAGUUUCUUCUGUGUCCAAUGGUCUUCCUGCUUCAAUUACUGUGGCUUCUGCCGCAAAAGGGUCCUUUGUUCCACCAGAGGAUUUACUAAAGAAUAGAGGGGAGCUUGGUUGGAAGGGAUCAGCAGCCACAAGUGCAUUUCGGCCAGCUGAACCUAGAAAAGCUUUGGAGAUUUCAUUAGGUACAGCUAGUAUUUUUCUCACUGAUGCAACUACUUCCAAGCCCAGUCGCCUGCCUUUGGAUAUUGACUUAAAUGUGGCUGAUGAAAGAAUUCUUGAGGAUUUGGCUUCUCGAAGUUCUUCUCAGGGUGCUGUUUCUGUAGCUGAUCUUGUGAGUAAUCAUGAUCGAGUGCAGGAUGCACCGAUGGCUUCAGCAUCAGUUCGUAGCUCUGGGGGACUUGACCUUGAUUUGAAUAGAGUGGAUGAGCCUAAUGAUAUGGGUAAUCACUUAACAAGCAUGGACUGUAGGCUGGAAGCUCAAUUUCAUCAUGUCAAACCAUCAUCUGGUGUUCUUAAUGGAGAUGUGAAUGCUUGCAGAGACUUCGAUUUAAAUGAUGGGCCUGUAGCUGAAGAGAUGUGUGCUGAACCAUCACCAUUUAGCCAGCUCACCAGGAGCAGUGUGCCAUCCCAACCAUCUGUUUCUGGUAUUCGGAUAAACAGUACAGAAACGGGAAACUUCCCCUCUUGGUUUCCUCUAGGGAAUCCUUAUCCAGCUGUCACAAUUCAGUCAAUCUUACCUGAUAGAGGAGAGCAGCCCUUUUCAAUAGUUGCACCUGGUGGGCCUCAGAGGAUGUUGGCUCCGCCUACUGGCAGCAGCUCAUUUAGUUCUGAUAUCUAUAGAGGGCCAGUGUUGUCAUCUUCCCCAGCAAUGUCGCUUCCAUCUAUGCCUUUUCAGUAUCCUGUCUUUCCUUUUGGAACAAAUUUUCCUUUAUCCCCAGCCACAUUUUCAGGUGGUUCAACAGCAUACAUGGAUUCAUCUUCUGGAGGGAGGCUUUGCUUUCCUGCAACACCCUCUCAAGUAUUAGGACCUACAACCGCAAUCCAUUCGCAUUAUCCAAGACCUUCCUAUGUUGUUAACUUCCCAGAUGGUAACAGUAAUGGUGGAGCUGAGAGCAGUAGGAAAUGGGGAAGGCAGGGUCUAGACCUCAAUGCAGGGCCUCUAGGCCCAGAUGCAGAAGGGAGAGAUGAGACAUCUUCUCUUGUAUCAAGGCAACUUUCUGUUGCCAGUUCACAGGCCCUUACAGAGGAGCAAUCAAGGAUGUAUCAUUUGGCUACUGGAAGUCUCUUGAAGAGAAAAGAGCCGGAGGGUGGUUGGGAAGGUUACAAGUAAUCCUCAUGGCAGUAAUGAUGAAUAAUCCUGAUCCACCUAUCUUUUGGAUGGGGUGCUAGCUAAUUCCAAGAGACAUCAUCCAACUUGUGCUCUCAAGAAUGGGUGGUAAGUGAUUUAUUUGAUGUUGUUCAGUCUCCGACCCCCACCCUUUCGCUGUACCAAUUGCAACUUAGGAAUCCAUCCAGGGUCUUCAAGCAGUCAUCUCUUGAAUUUGUACUGGGUGGCUGCAGUUCACUUUUCCCCAUGUAGAUAUUUUAACUGAUGGAAAGCAGACACUUUGUGACUGUCUUGUUGCCCAUACAAUCAAAAAUGGUGCCCCUAAUGUUGUUUGGUGCAUCAACAAUUUAUACUGUUGGACACAAAAUCAACCUUUUCCAACCAUUCUGAGAAUGAAUGGAGGUUGGAUUAAUGAACUGCUUCAAUCAGAGGCCUUUUCUAUGUGUUUUUCUGUUAUCUUGUCUUAAUUUCUUUCACUCGUAUAUAAAGAAGCAGAAUGGUUAGUAAA